AAAAGAAGCAGUCUUAUUCUUUUCUUCUUUUUCUUUUUUGUUUUUUUUUUCUUUUUUCUGGUUUAUAUUAAAACCAACCUUGACUCAUAGAUCGAAUCUUUCCACCAUCAGUGGCUUUAGGGUUAGGGUUUUACAGCCCUGAAGAUGGAGCCUGAGAGAAAGCUAACGGCGGCGGCUGUGGCGGUGUUCCAUGAAGGCGUCGGAUUAGUUCUGUCUCGGUGGUCGGCACUUCAAUUGGCUGUCGAGAACGAGUGGGGCGGCCGUGACUCGCGCCAAAAGGCCGAGCAACUCGUCUCCGAUAUCGUCUCCUGGGUCAAUCACUCCACUGAACUUCUUUAUAUAGAUGAUUUGGAAGAAAUGCUCAACGAAGCUAUGCUUUCUCUGAAUACUAUGACAGAGGAUGGUAGCAUUGAGGAGGUAGCUGAAAAAAUAAUGAUUAUGCAUGAAGAAUGUUUGGAUUGCAAUUUCAAGUCCAUUGAAAGCCUAAGGGAAGCCAAUAGUCAAAGAGUUCCUACUCAUGUUAAACAGGUUGUGGAUGAUGACGAAGAUAGUGAUGAUGACGAUGAUGUUACUGUUCCUAGCAUGACUAGAAAUGAUUCAUCAAACAUGGUUGUGGACGAACCAGAGUCUCAUGCAAGAGAGCCAAAGACCAAGCAGGCAGUUGAAGCAGAAGAUGGUUGGGAGGUAGUUGGACCUAGAAAAAGUAGGGGUAAAAGGAAUUAGGUUAUACCUCUCGUAUGUAGCCCAUGUAUGCUACAUAUUAUCAUCAUACUAAAUUUUGUCAUUGUUUACUCGUGAGGUAGAGUAAUUAUAUGCAGCAAUGCAGACCCAGUUGUUUUCCUACCGUGUGUUUGUAUAAGACGUUAUCCAGUCUCAUCUAUAGUUUUAUCAUUUCUAAAUUUGUACCUUUGCAAGUUGCAACGUGAGCCAAUCUUCAUUAUCGUC